CAACGUACAAUUCUUUCUCUUCUUCUAUUUUCUUUCUACUUCUUCAUACUUUCCCAAUUUUCCCAUUUUUGAAACACCGAAAUGUCAACAUCUUCCAAAUCAAAUUCAAAAAUUCUAAAUAAGUUUCUCUCUGAAAAUAUUUUACAAGAUGGUCACUGUCCUCUCUGGGGUUAUGUCAGUAUAACAAACAAGGGUACUAAAGGUUCAGAAGCAAGUGGAAAUAAGGUAUGGGUAUGUAACUUUUGUCAAAAAGAGUUUACAAGUUCUUACUCUAGAUUCAAAAAUCAUUUGCUAAGAAUUUAUGGAACUGGAAUUUCUGUGUGUCCUAGUGUAAAUGAAGAAUAUUUGUCUGAGUUACAAUCUAUUGUAGAAUUAGCUAGCAAUAGAGUGAAACUUAAACAUGUUCCAUUACCCACUAAAAAAAGGCAAGAGGGUCCUUCUUUGAAGAGGAGGAAAAAUAUUCCAUUAGAAAAAUCUUUUAAUUUAAGUGAAAGAGAGACUCUAAGAGCUCUCAUAGCCAUAAUGUUUUAUUCUGUCGGAUUGCCUUUUAACUUUGCAAGAAAUCCUUAUUAUGUGAAUUCUUAUUUAUUUGCUGCAAAUAAUAAUUUAUCUGGUUUCCUCCCCUGGAUAUAAUGCAUUUAGGACAACUAUCUUACAACAAGAGAAAACACAUGUUGAGAGAUUGCUUAAGCCCAUUAAAUCAACCUGGAAUUCAAAAGGGGUUAGCAUUGUUUCUGAUGGAUGGACAGAUUGUCAAAGAAGACCUUUAAUAAAUUUUAUGGCCAUAAGUGACGGGGGUCUUGUAUUCUUGAAAGUUGUGGAUACUUCAAGUGAAAUUAAGAGUAAACACUACAUAGUUGAUAGGAUGGCUGGAGUUAUACAAGAAGUAGGGGAAGAAAAUGUGAUCCAAGUUAUAACAGAUAAUGCUCCUGUAUGCAAAGCUGCAGGAAUGAUCAUUGAAAGUUCAUGUCCGAAAGUUUUUUGGACUCCUUGUGUUGUGCACACAUUAAAUCUUGCAUCGAAGAACAUAUGUGCCGCCAAAAAUACUGAAAGAAAUGAGGUAGUAUGGACUGAAUGUAAUUGGAUUACUCAGAUUGCUGAUGAUGUUUCUUUUGUUAGAAAUUUUAUCAUGAACCGCUCUAUGAGAAAUGUCAUUUUUAAACAAUUCUCAUCUUUCAAAUUACUUGAUGUUUCUGACACACGUUUUGCAUCUGUCAUUGUAAUGUUAAGAAGAUUUAAAUUCUUGAAGCGUUCUUUGCAAUCAGUGGUUAUUAAUGAAGAAUGGAAUUCUUAUAGAGAGGAUGACAUGGAUAAGGCUCAAGCUACAAAAGAAUUUAUUUUGAAUGAUAUUUGGUGGGACAAAAUUGCAUAUAUUAUUGAUUUUACAGAGCCUAUUUAUAAUAUGGUUAGAGUUUGUGAUACCGAUGAGUCCACACUUCAUUUGGUAUAUGAGAUGUGGGAUUCUAUGAUAGAGAAGGUGAAGGCAUCAAUAUAUAGGCAUGAUAGAGAGAAGGUGAUACCGAUGAGUCCACACUUCAUUUGGCUCACUCUUUAAAUCCAAGGUAUUAUAGUGAUGAAUGGCUCCGUGAGGAACCAAAUAGAGUUUCUCCACACGAGGAUGAAGAGAUAUCUACACAAAGGAAUAAUUGUUUUUGAAAAUUGUUUACAACGGUUGAGGAAAGGAAAAAGGUUAAAAUUGAGUAUGCUAAUUUCUCAUCAAAAUCAAAUAGUUUUGAUUCUUUUGACUCUAUUGAAGAUAGAUGGGUAUUAGACCCCAAAUCAUGGUGGGUUAUGCAUGGUUCUCCCGCUCUUCUUCUUCAAAAGCUUGCCUUGAAGCUUCUUGUGCAACCUAGAUCUUCAUCUUGUUGUGAAAGAAAUUGGAGUACAUAUUCAUUCAUCCACUCUUUAAAAAGAAACAAAUUGAAUCCUAAAAGAGCUGAAGAUUUGGUUUAUGUGCAUACAAAUUUGAGGUUGUUGGGUAGGAAAUGCGAAGAAUACAAAGAAGGGAGUACUAAGAUGUGGGACAUUGAUGAGAUGCAUGGAAAGUUUUGAUGGUGUUGGAACUCUUGAAGUUGCAUCAUUGUCUCUUGAUGAGUCAAAUUUGGAAGCCACUCUAUUCACCGAUGAUGGCGAAGGAGGAGACGACA